AUGAAGUGGGUGGAUAGCUUUGAAAAUGCAUCCAUCGGUGCCGCUUUGGCAGUUUUGCUGUUCUUGCACAUCGUCAACCUACCGCCGCACUCGGUAUUCGCCGUCCGGGCAUCCACACCUGACCUCGAAAUUCUCGAUGUGCAGCAGUGUCCCGCCGGUAGCGAUAUGCGGAUGACGUGCGGCAUCAAGGAGCAUCAUGCGUAUCACAUGAACUCGUCCUACGCACAGUGGUACUUCAAGCCCUGCGGUGGAGGCUUUCAUCAGAUGGCCUGCAGCAACCGGGCCGAGCUGGAUGAGCAGGAAUGGCAUCCACUUAAUUGCGGCGACAAACGGUGCCACGUUACGCUGACCGUACAGAACACGUCUGACGCGGAUGCCGGACUGUACCGCUGCACAAUUCACCCCUACCGGACGGACAAUCAGACCCAGCUGGAUAUUCAGCUGGUGCGGACGUUCCAGCUGAUCGUGACAAAGUCGUUCCUUGAUGAGUCAAUUCCGGCACCGGAGCUGCUGGACAACUUGCCGGCCAACACGACGGCCAUCGUCGACACGCAGAUCGUACUGCAGUGCCGCGUGCACAGCAAGGUGCAGCCGACCAUCAAGUGGUUCCGACGCAUCAACAAGCAGCUCGGCGAGCACAGCUUCAACCAGAACAAGUCGAUCCGGUAUCUGGAGAAUUUCUACGAGCUGCUCCCAUCGGCCGGUGAGAAACUGCUGUCCCACGAUGUCUACCUUAGCAAGCUGAUCCUGUACAGUGCGUCCGAACGGGACAUCGGUAUCUACGUAUGCGUCGGCAUCAAUUACGGUGGUGUAAGCAUGGCCGACGCGUACGUUAAUCUGCUGCACGCCAAUGGCACCCCGAUGGAGGAGUCUCACGGUGGGUACGUGGACCUGAUGGUCCUCUUUCUGAUACCGGUCGCGCUGGCACUGGUUCCACUGGUGGCGUGGAUUGUGCUGAAUGUUAUACGUGCAUCGCAUCACUCGGAAGAGAAGGGCCUGGUGCCACUUAACAGUGCCUCGAUUUACGAACCAGCCAUUGCAGCCAAAAGUGACAAAAGUAAGCGACGAAGUAAAGCUGAAGGAAGGCAUGAACAUGUAUACGAAAAAAUCAAUAUGGUUUAG